AUGCCCGGCUCAACAUGCUUUGAAGCACAUAGAACACUGGCGAAUGAACUCAAAAUACUUCUUAAUCACCUUGCUGAAAAUAGUCGUGGAUGGUGCAAGGCAAAAGCGAUCAAGAAACAGCUAAAGGUCUUGGGUAGCAUGUUAUGGUCUGGUCCUAAAGAUCCCACUAUGGCAUGUGUGGUUGCGCAAUCAACCUUUUCGCAAAGUCGUACCCUGCGAUCUCUGUCGAUUGACGGGCAUUCCUCUGCUUGCCUGAAAUGCUACAAACCCAAUAAUACUAUUGCCUCAGCGAUUUGGAAGGUGCAUCAAGAAGCAAUACUAUGGGUUACAGUUGAAAAUAAGAUCAAUGAAAAUAUUAAGAAGCGAGGAAUGCUACAAGUGCAACAGCAGAAGCUUGUUAUGCACCUAGUGGUUACGAGAUCCCGAAUAGAUUACAAAAACUUCGAUCAUAAUGUCGAUGACGGUAACGAUGAGGAGAAUAUAGACCUUCUGGAGCAAUCGACCAGCGAUUACAAAAACUUGGAUCAUAAUUUCAAUGACGGUAGUGAUGAGAAGAAUACUGACCUUCUGGAGCAAUCGAUCAGCAAAACAUUACCUAUGCAGUCAACCAAUGAAACAUCAUCUAUCGAAGAUUACCUGAAAAUUUUCGAAAAAGCAAAUCUUCCCGAGGAGUCAUAUUUACACUCAUUUAUGAUCAACGACAUCGAUGAGGUCACCAAAUCACUAUUUUCAGAUGAGGAGUGGAAGGAAAUCACCACCUCAGGACUAAGGAUAACCAAAACUUGA